AUUCGACGUUUGCCUAAUAUGUGCUCCAGUUUCAUUUUAGUGGUUUGUCUUGCCCUUGCUGCUGUCCCGAAAAGAAGCUGCGUAUCAGAACGAGGUUGACCAGGCCGACAUAACGAAUCGGAAAUGGCAUUCGAAGUCAACACCGAGGUCUUCCGCGCCUUCUCCACGUACGCCACCGUUGUCAUCCUCAAGAUGAUGUUUGUGUCCAUGCUGACUGUUUACUACCGCGUGACACGAAAGGCUUUUGAUAACCCGGAGGACGUCAAGUCUGGGAGGACCAUGGAGGAGAAGAAGAGGAUGCUCCGCACGGACGCUGACGUCGAGCGGACCCGGAGGUGCCACCAGAACGACCUGGAGAACAUCGUUCCCUUCGUGGUGAUUGGACUGCUGUACUCCCUGACGGAAACCAAUCUCUCCUCGGCCCUCCUCCACUUCCGGAUCUUUGUGGGCUUCCGGUUCUUCUACAUGCUAGCCUAUCUGAUCCCCCUGCCCAAUCCCAGCAGGGGCCUGUCCUGGAUAGUAGGAAUGUGCGUCACCUUCUCUAUGGCAUACAACGUCCUCACCAGAGCCAUGUUCCAUUAAGUUGGCUGCCCGCGUCUGUCUUCCCAGACAUACGAAACCAAAAUGUUCAACAGUGAACCAGCGUUGAGAAAUGUAAACUGCAUGAUUUACACUAUUAAACAAUGAAAAUGAUAAGCUCUUACGAUAAGAUAUGGUGAUUUAAUUUAUGCUAGUGUUAGACAGAUCUAAUUAUGUGCUGCCGUAUCAGCCUUUGUCUAUUGUCUGGACAUCCACGCUAUAGACGCACCAGAAAGCCCCCCCCCCCCGCGUGUACGUUUUGAGGAGACCGUCACACCAGGACGUGUCACCACCUUGUUGGGAGCUAAUCAGGGUCGGCAGGAUGGCCGUCCAAUUACCAGGUGCACAUCGAUUUUUCGAUAAACUGCUCGUGUCAGUGACUUCUCCUAGCCCUAAUGCUUAGCGGUUGCCAGGCGGCUCGUUAACGUCCAUGUUUAAUUAGGGACGAAAAUGGCAGCAGAAAACAAAUGUUUUGAGGGUAGGCCCCAUUCACCCGUCGCUCAUGUCCUCUGGCCUGAAGAGUGGAGGCGCUAAUUGGGUUAUUGUUAAUCGCAUGGAGACUCCUGCUCCUUGCUGAGUGCCAUGUCCGUGCUCUCGCUCAUGCCACCGUCACUUCUCCCCCUCUGCCAACAUGAAUGAUUCUUUUUGUCUCUGGGUGCUUGUAAUGACUCAACAGUAAAUAGUAAAGCAAUAGUAAAUCAUACUUCUGCCAAUGUAAUAUUGGCUGUGUGGGUUACCGGUGCUGUUUUUCAUCAACCAUGUUCAUUUCACUGUCAAACAUAUACUGUAUCUGCCAAGAGCAGUAAGACCCACUGGUUUAUCUUGUAACACUUUCCAGUGUGUGUCGAUGUGAUAAAAUUAACACUGGCCUGCACUACUCCUUGUAGGAAUAAGAUAGCUUUAAAGGUGUUUAUUUUUUUUUCUGGAAAUGUUCACUGUCUGUCGGCUUGUCUAAAAAAAUGCUCUAACGAUGUGUGCUACUCGGUGCUGUAAGCUGUCAGUUUUUAAAACAUUUCUACAGGUGUGGGGAUUGUGUAGACCCGCAUCUCUCUUUCCAAGGCAUUUUUAAUAUAUAUUCUAUCACAUUUGUGUUGUGAUCCCUGUGUUUCACACUGUAUUGAACGCAGGUGUUGGGUCUAAUAUAAAAUAUAUAUUUUUUAAAUUUAUCGCGGCACACCCAAUAGCGCAAUCUUAUCAAUGUGUAUUUGGCCGAAUGAGAAUAUGUCCAGUAGGGGGAGACAUAUUAAAACGCAAAAUAAACACUUAAAAAAGA